UUAUUUCUUUGAAGGUAACUAUUGAGUAGAAGAAAUCGUCAUGCCCGUGCCUAAACAAGGGAAGCAAGACGGGAAGAACCUCCCAACAGUCAAAAUCUCUGGGUAUUUCCCUUAUUACAAUUCUUCUGAACCAGACAGGAGACCUGAUGAUGAAGAUGAGGAUAACUAUGACAAUGACGUGGAUGACUUUUAUGAGUUCAAUGAAGACUUUGAGUGUAUAUCCACUCCAACAAGGGAGCGUAUCAUGAUAAGGAAAGGGGGCAAGAACAAAGAGAUCAAAGUCAAGGGAAAAUUCAUGGUGGAUGGACCUUGGUUCAUCAUCUCCUUUGAUGCUGUUUUGGUGAACAAUGUCUACCAUGUUCAGGGGACACCUACAUACUCUCUCCGAAUGGAGAUGGGGACGAAUGGCGAGGACAUCCUGAACAAGCUGCUCAAGUACUCUUUCGGCUUUCCAAGCCCGAAAAUUCCUGAGGGCCAGAUGAAGGAAGCCUUUUUGACCUACUUCAAUCAGUGCCGUAGUAGGAAUAAGGUGAAGAACUUCACCUUCAAUCAGUUCUUCAAGGCAUUGGAAGAAGCCUUGAAGAUGGAGGUAGACCCCGAUUCAAAACUGUUGAUACAGGCAGCUAAGAAAAUGAUCUAUCGGUUUGAUCCAUUCAAUAAAUGCUUUCGUGGUGUACCUCAUGACCGGGAGGAGGAGGAGAAGAAGAAGCAAUCCAAAUUUGACCUACGGUACAUCUACAGAUGUUACAAGUGUCCGGUACUCUUUAGAGUGCUCCCUCUGUUGAUGGAGAAGGAAGCAUUGGCUAUCCUGUCAACGGAUAUAUUGAGUGACCUGGAAGAUCUUGAAUCGGUGCUCAAAAACUCCCCUGAAGACCUAGGAUUUUAUACGACCAUGCAAGAGCACGGCUGGGGACGGGUGGAGGCUUCCUUCCAAGGCUUCGUGAAAGCUGGCUUGAUACCGGCCAACCUCUUCAAAUGCACCCAAGACUCUACACAACAAGGCCUAUCUUCCAAACCACCCAGUAACCGGAAGUGCCACCAUGAUGAACCCUCUACAUCCACUGCUCACCAAGACAACGCAGGCACCUCAUCAUCCAGACAAACCAAAAGACCAUUACCUUUAUCUGUCACGAUGGCUAAGGCGAUAAAGGACUAUGACUUGGUCAAGUCCUUAUGCAGGGAAGGAAAACACACAUUUGUGAAGGAUUACAUGAUGAGAAAGGCUUGGCAUAGAGAUGCCUGUUGUCCAAAUGUUCCCUUUGGUCACAUCAAAGAGGAUCAUUUUGUGGAGCUUCAGAAGAGAGACGUGGUGACUAUCGAAGAAAGAAUACCCCAAUCUGAAACAAUGUACCACUGGAACAGAUAUCGCCGAUAUGAGGAGAAGAUUGCACGUGCACUGGUAUCAGAUCUGCUUCACCAAACUGUUGCCAAUCAGUCUACCCCACCCACAGAAGAAUUCUCAGAGUUCAACCUCGAUGAAUACCAACUCCCGGCUGUCAUGCACAUGUGGAAGUCUCCAGUGUCGAUCAUCCUCGGCAGGGGAGGCUGUGGCAAGACUCAUGUUGUAGCCUCCUAUAUUUCCAAGUACCUCGAAUACAAGGAGAAUGAAAGGAAGCUUAAAAUAGAGAAAGCUGCGCAAGAUGGUAACCAGGAAGCUACUGAUGAGGCUUCAGAUGGUGAGGAGAAAGACGAAGAAGAGGAUUUACCACUGGUCCUCUUGACAGCCCCUACCGGCCGUGCAGCCUCCAUCAUCGGAAGACGCACCGGGCUUAAAGCGAAGACGCUUCAUAGCGUUUUGGGUACUGCCCGCAAUUCUAAACCAAAGAACUUCAUCUACAGGAAGGUUGAGAUCCUCGUCGUUGAUGAAUGCAGUCUGGUUCCUAUCUCUGUCUUGUCAGGAGUCUUGAGUGCACUUCUUAGACAUAGCCUCAAGAAGGUCAUCUUCCUUGGAGACCCUCAUCAGCUUCCUUCCAUCGAUCCAGGAAACUUCCUUCAAGACAUCAUCAAAGUGUUUAAGGAAACCAACAGUGACUGUAUCCAUACACUGAAGAAAAACCACAGGACCGACGAGGGCGGCAGACUCAUCAAUGAGAACUCGAGGAAAAUAGCCGAAGAGAAACGGAGCGACCUUCAAUAUCAACCUGACAUGUUUGAAUUGUUGGACACCUCGGCACGUCAAGCUGGAAAUGGUCUAGAUCAGACGAUAAAGACCUUGCUCGAAAGCAAGCCCCAAUUCAAAGAUGACAGAAACUCACAGUUUGUUGCAUUCAGAAACGUUGACGUCAAGGACAUCAAUGGGAUUUGCUGUCGUCACUACGCUGCCCAUGCCCCGUAUAAGAAAGGAGGCGGGCUUGACCUCCACAUCCACGACAAGAUCUGUGCUCGAAAGAACGGUACUAUUGUAGUCCAUGGGGAAUAUGAUCCAAAGGCCAAGGAGAAGAAGAAGAAAGAAAGAGAGAGGGACGGUGAAGCAGGCUCAAGCAAGGAUGAUGGGGAUGAUGGCUGUAGAAUUAGACGCAUCAAUAAUGGAGACACUUUCUUCAUCAAAAAUUGGAGGGUGGAGGUGGAACAGAACAAGAAGAGGGAUAUUGUUACUCUCCAGUCACUGGACGAAGAAGAAGGAAAGGUGUUUGAGGUCAACUUGAGAGAUCUGAUACGGAAGUUUAAGAUAGAGUAUGCUUGGGCUCGGACAAUCAACACCUACCAGGGAUCUGAGACAGACCACAUUGUCUACGUCCUCAGUCCGAACUCUCCUUACGAGAACCGGCAGCACCUCUACACUGCCAUCACAAGAGGGCGCAAAGGAUGCAUCAUCAUCGGGACACCAUCCCGCCUAAUCACAGUCAUCAAGAAGGAUCCUAGAGAAAGAUUCACAAGUCUAGCAAGGUUCCUAAAAGAAAACCUUGCUGAACCCCUGUUCUCAAGGUGUAAUUAUCCUGGACAGGCGGAUCCAAGAACACCAGAGAGACAAGCACCAAACAACUUCUCCGGGUCUAACACAGGAGUUUCGGCAUCAAGCCCGUGCCUGAAGAGUCUGGCACAAGAAUGGUCUGUGAGGAGAUCACCUUUACACCUACCAGCGGGUUCAAAUCCAUCUACUCCUGCAUCUGGUCAGCACCAACCGAACCAGUGGAGAAUGUGUGAAGAGCUUGCCAACAGUCUUAUAUCCAAUGGCCAUUCAACCUCGAGAGCAGUUCCAGUCUCUGGAUGUGAGUCAUCUUCAAGAUCCAAUGGCCCAUCAACCUCAAAAGCGGUUCUAGUUUCGGGAUGCGAGUCAUCUUCAAUACCCAAUGGCCCAUCAUUCUCAAGAGCACUUCCAGUCUCAGGAUGCGAGUCAUUUUCAAGAUCCAAUGUUCCAGCAACCUCAAGAGCAGUUCCAGUCUCUGAAUGUGAGUCAUUUUCAAGGUCCAAUGGCCCAUCAACCUCAAGUGCGGUUCUUGAAUCUGGAUGCGAGUCAUCUUCACCUGGGUGCAUGUCGUUAGUGGGCCCCGUAAAUGGAUGUGGUCCAUCAGCACGAGCCACGCCUGCUUGCAAUCAACUAUCAGGAAACUCCAGAGGUAGCCCAUCAGUAGGUCCCUCCACUACAAACACAUCAUCUACACACAAAGCACGACCAGUGACCGCUAAUAAAAGUAACCCAUCCAUAGCACCAACAGGAACCUCUAAUGGAUGGAGCCCAUCAGAAAAGCCCUCACAUGGAUACCAACCACUACCAGGAACAUCUAAUAGAGAAAGCCCAUCAGUAAGGCCCUCAUCUGGAUACCAACCACUACCAGGAACACCUAAUAGAGGUAGCCCAUCAGUAAGACCCUCAUCUGGAUACCAACCACUACCAGGAACAUCUAAUAGAGAAAGCCCAUCAGUAAGGUCCUCAUCUGGAUACCAACCACUACCAGGAACAUCUAAUAGAGGUAGCCCAUCAGUAAGGUCCUCAUCUGGAUACCAACCACUACCAGGAACAUCUAAUAGAGAAAGCCCAUCAGUAAGGUCCUCAUCUGGAUACCAACCACUACCAGGAAACUCCAGAGGUAGCCCAUCAGUAGGUCCCUCAACUGCAAGCACAGCCCCACCAGGAACCUCUAAUAGAAGCCCAUCAGAAGGUCCGUCAUCUACACACAAAGCACGACCAGUGAACUCUAAUAGAAGUAACCCCUCUAUAGCACUAACAGGAACCUCUAAUGGACAUAGCCCAUCAGUAAGGCCCUCAUUUGGAUACCAACCCCUACCAGGAAACUCCAGAGGUAGCCCAUCAGUAGGUCCCUCAACUGCAAACACAGCCCCACCAGGAACCUCUAAUAGAAGCCCAUCAGAAGGUCCGUCAUCUACACACAAAGCACGACCAGUGACCUCUAAUAGAAGUAACCCCUCCAUAGCACUAACAGGAACCUCUAAUGGAUGUAGCCCAUCAGUAAAGCCCUCAUCUGGAUACCAACCACUACCAGGAACAUCUAAUAGAGGUAGCCCAUCAGUAAGGCCCCCAUCUGGAUACCAACCACUACCAGGAACAUCUAGUAGAGGUAGCCCAUCAGUAAGGCCCUCAUCUGGAUACCAACCACCUGCAGGAAACUCUAUUGGAUGCAGCCCAUCAGUAAGGCCCUCAUCUGGAUACCAACCACCUGCAGGAAACUCUAUUGGAUGUAGCCCAUCAGUCAGGACCUUAUCUGGAUUCCAACCACCACCAAUAACAUCUAAUAGAGGUGCAUGUAGCCCAUUGGUAAGGCCCUCACCUGGACACCAACCACCACCAGGAACUUCUAAUGGCCGUAGCCAGUCAGUAAGGUCCUCACCUGGUCACCAACCACUAAGGUCCUCACAUGCAUACAUCUCAUCCUCAAGAACAUUGCCUGCAUGCAACCCUGUAGCAGAAGCCUCAUCUGCUUACAAUUCAUCAGGACCUGUCCCUCUGAGUGAUCAAUCCAAGGCAGUGGAUCUUCCUACACCAGUAGCAACAGAAGAUGUUCAGCCAGAAGUCAGAGCCAAACCCAACAGAGACAGACUGUCGAGGAAGCGUAAAGUCAGAGCUGUUGCUUCUACGGUCAACCAACAGGUGUCGUCCAUCCACAAUGGUACUGUGCCAGUGGAUUCAGGAGAACCCAAGAAGUUUUGUGCAAGGGGAUCAUCUCUUGCAAUGAGUUCCGAGUCUGCUGUAGCCGGGGGGCAGAUGCAGCUGAAGAAGGAUCCAACAUCCAUUGAGAAUGGUAGAGAACAGGCAAGAGCAAAAGAGACAUCGCCAGGAAAGGAUGAAAGAGAGAUGCCUUUCACUUCUGUUCUUCCCAGGGAACAAACUUUGGUUGUUCCAUCCAGGUGCAGUACAGAUGGUGAUGAGAAAAAGUCCCACUCCACAUCCCGCAGCCACUUGAAGCGUUUAAGUGACACCCUAAAGGAAGAUGUUCAAAGUGUGGCUACAGGCAGCAAAGUGAAGAGAUUAGCUACUGAUGAAAAGGUAUCAACAGUAUCAUCUUCCAGGUAUGACAGAUUGAGCUACAAUGAUACAUCCAUUUGCCCAAGGAGGGCAGUGGAUGUCAGAGAGUCUCCUAAAAGGCUGAAUAGUUGCUCCAGAUCACCCUUGAGAAGUCUGUCUUCUACAUCUAGAAAUGUUCUGAAACCUGUUUCCUCUAAAUAUCCACAGGGUAAGGAGAAAUCUCAGAUCAUGUCAGAGAUAAACGAAAUGCAGAUGUGUUCUUCCAAGAUUCAGUCCGUGCAUCAAUCAUCAGAAAACAGCCAAGAGGUCAAAAUCUGUGUUCCAGGUCUAUAUAGAGGGCGAUACCGAUUUGUGAGACGGCUCUACAGUCAAGACAGCGAAGACCAAUCAUCCCAGCAUGGAAAGUCAACUGGAUGGAAGGAAGAAUGUCCAUUUGAAGAUAGUGAAGAUCUAGAAUUAUCCCAAUUUCUCUUGCAGCCACCAUGUGCCCCUCAGCUCCAUCCACCGCUGAACAGACUGGAAGAAUGCCAUGAAGAUGCUGAUGAUGAAGGUAGUGAUGACACUCUUUUAUCCUGCUCAUCAGAUGAAACUGUGUUCUCUUCCAGUGGUACAAGUCCUUGCCUAGGAACAAGUGGUGGUUUUGGUGAUGAUGAAGAUGAGGAACUGUCACAAUUCCUCUUUCAACAUCCAAGUUUGCAGAUACUUUAAUUACUAAAUAAGCAUCGGAAUACUUGCUUAUGCUUACAUGCAACACAAGACCUUAUCAGAAAUAUAGUAGUAAAUCCCAAAGUCAGGGAGAUAAAGGCAUAGAAAACUGAAUACUUGGCAUAUGCAACCGGUGUGUUGGCUCAGUUGGUAGAGCGUCCGUCUCACAACUGGGAGGUCGGGGUUCAAACCCGGCCACGUCAG